UAAGUAGUUUAACAUGUUAUUACUCCAACCUCAUGAAAGUGACAAACUGACACGUUAUCAUUUUCGUCAAAAAAACUACUUUAUAUCAAAGGAGUGCCUCUGAUUUGCGGCGUGCACAUGCGCACUUAGGCGCCAGGCGACCCUUAGACCAGAUUCGUUGAUUCUGCUCGCCAACGUCGCCAUUACAUCGCCUACACGCGUGAUCGGGGAUUUCUAUUGGAGAAACCGUUUCGGACUAUCUUCAUACUGUACUGUCUUUGAUUAUAUAUCCGGGGUGGAGAUGGGAUGAGGGGAAAUGAAGGAACAGACGUCGUUUCAAAGCAUCAAUGAGUAGAUGGAAGAAACACACACAACAACCAUUUGUUUACAUCGAUUCAGAAAGCUUAAAUUCGUUCGACGUAAUGAACUACAGCUCCCACAAACCAUUGCAGAAAUAGCCUUUUUCCGGGUUCUUCGAACUUGCUAGUUAUCAGCUGAAAGCAUAAGGUGGAUGUGUGUUCCGUUGGUGAGCAGCGAUGCCCCUGGAGGUGAAAUGGCCGUUCCCACAGUGCCCGCAGCUGGCCUGGAAGGUGACCAGCACCCUGGUCAUGGGCGUGGUGGGCUCAUACAGCUACUUCUGGACCAAGUAUCUGAACUGUAUUACGGUUCAUAAUCAGGAUGUUCUAUUUGACCUGAUAGACCAACGCCCACCUGACACACCCCUCAUCACACUGUCCAAUCACCAGUCCUGUAUGGACGACCCACACCUCUGGGGAGUUCUGAGACUCAGACACCUCUGGAACUUCAACAAGAUGCGCUGGUGAGUGAUGCUGUGUUUAUUAAGUGUCCAUGCAUACUCAUGUUUUUAUUGUUGUUGUGGGGCUUGAGAAGAAAAAC